AUGGAUAUGUCAAGUGUGCUUCGACUUACGCCUCCAGAACGGCAGGGACGUCAAUUUCCAUUCCCGUUACAUGUCAGGUUUUAUCUUCAAUUUGUAAACUUCUCAUUUGAUCAAAUCAAAGAAUCACCAAAAAAUACGCAUAAUAGGUGGAAACAGCACGCAUUCGUACAUCUUUUUUUGAUGAAACCGUCGACGGUUGAUGAAUAUCGAACGGCAUCACGUAACGAAGUAAGUGAAUGGUUUGCAAAUUUAUCACCGAAUCCAUCGAACGAAUGGAUUAUUAUAUUCGAUAGUACAAAGGCAAGGGAAAAGAAGAAUCGAGGCACUCUGCUCGAACGGAUUAAGAGUGAUUUCGCUAAACACACAAAUCGUUCACUUGAUAAAAAAGACACCGAUUACAAGUUUGAAGCAUUUGGAGUCAUCCGGCGAAUUGGUGCUCCUGUAGUAGUUGAUUCUUCAAUAUCUCGCUCAGCACAGUGUUGGAAUGCUGUGCAGGCAUUAUUACAAGCGAGUUUACUGAAUUCACUAGAAACAUUCGUUGCGAAUGAAGAAAGCUUCCUGUCAGCAUUGAAAGACAACUGCAAAAAAAUUGAUUUUAAUUUCAUCAAUUAUUGCGAAUAUCAGGAUUUGCAAUUGACUUUCUUCAAAUACUCUUUUAAUCCUAAGUUGAAAGAUUUAUUCAAGAUGGAGCUGUCUCGGCUGUAUAGUUCAUUAGGGGUAUGGGAACAUGUUUUGGCGAAAUACGAUGAACUUGACGCGUUGCUUUCAAUGAUUAUUGCUUAUUUUGCAAAAGCAAGUGAUAAGCCAUCAUGGUUAUACGUGAAACCGUACCUGGGUGAAGGAUGUCCACUGUUGAUUAGUAUGGCCCAGUAUCAGAAACCAACCCAAAUCAGUAGCACGAUAUCACUGGCUGAGAUAAGAUCAUUGAUUCUUGCUUAUCAAAUUAUUAUCUCAAUGCGACUGUUCGACGAACGCUUACGGCAACUGACUUCCGAUUCAGCACCAUCGAAUGCGCUACAGCUCAAAUCCGACUUUGCUGCAAUCAUUUUGCGAUAUUCCAGUCAUUGCGUCGAAUCGAUUUGUGAAGAAAUUUCCGCUUUAGAAAAACCCCUUAAAAACAAUUUGCAGUUGGAAUUGGAUUGUUCUCAGCUGCAAUGUUGGACAGUCGUGUAUUGUAUAGAAACCAUGCAGUUUGUAUCGUUGCUAACACAAGCAGCACAUGUUGAAAAUGCAUCGCAUUUUGCUUGUUCAUUAUCCACCAGAAAGUGCACAGCGAUGACCGAACUUGGGAGAUGUUUGGAAAAUGAUCGCAUAAUGAAGCCUUUAUUGAAUUGGUUCGAGAAAGGUGUUCAACUGUGUGGCACAUUAGCAAGUCAGUCGAAUGCAAUCACCGAAAUAAGGCAAAUCCUAUCCGAUCAACAGCAGUUCACGCAUUACAUGCAGAAAUAUCAUGAAAGUGCAAUUGCGUUGCUGAAGCAUUUUGGCUGGAAACGACAGUCGAAGCUACUCGGAUGGCAUCUUGCUAAUUUCUUGUUAUCAUCAGAUCGCAUAGAAGGCGCACUGCCGUAUUUGUUGAAAUUCGUUUCGGGACUGAUUCGUGAGGAUGCUUCAAUUGUGUUAUUGGAACGAACACUCAAACUGGUCAUUGAGCAUCUUGAGGCAUCUCCAAAUCUGUAUUUGAAGGACCUUGUUGACUUCUACAUAAUUUUAUCGAUCCGAUGUACUGAUGAAAACGAUCGUCAUGACUAUUGCAAGCGUUUAUUUGCUGUUUUAGAGCGGAAUUUUCCAACAAAAUUGCGGCGUUCCAUUCGCCCGAACACUCAAAAUAGUGCCGUCCAAAUAAACGCCAAACUUUUGCCUCAACGUCUAACAGCCACACCCGGUGCUUGUUUGCGCAUUACGAUUGCAGUGACGAACAACUUGCCAUUGCCAAUAGACCGUUAUCACAUCAGAUGCUUCUUUAAAGCGGUUCCAAUUAGUGGAACUGCGAGUUCGCAGCAAAAACUGAACGCCGGACGAAAUCCUUUAUUUGAGUGUUCAUUUAAUCGUGUCGAUAGCAUCAAUCGUUUUGGAUGUAUUUGGAAAGGUGAAUACGGUAUAAUACAUCGAGACUCAAUACCGGACAAUCAUUUACCUAUGAAUGGUGCGGAAGAUGUGCAAAAGAGCAUUUGUUUUGAGGAAGUCGAGAGGGCGGACGGUGAGAAACGUGAAUUGCUCAAAGGCGAUAACAUCAUCGAGCUGUUUGUAAAGGUCUCAGAGGUUGGCGUUUUUAUGUUGGAGAAUGUGGAAAUUGAUUUAUUCGAAACGUUAUGUAUGGAUUUCUCGUGGAUGGAUAUCCCAGAAAUCGAUAGUGAUAACGCGAAACGUCCAGUUUGUUUCGUCUAUCGGAAAGAGCCGAAAGUGCGGCUGAAACCGCCUAAAGAUGGGUAUGUGUUAAGUGGUAUGACGCAACGAUUUAUCAUUGAAAUCUCAUCUGGAUCGGAGGCUAUCGAUAGUGAAUCGACAUCAGUUCUACAAAUCGAAUGUCCAAAUGAAUCACCUGAUCUUGAAUUUUGGGAUGAAAACCGGUCGGAAUGGUCUCACAAAUACGAACUAAAACUUGGUGCGAUGGAGGCGAAUACGAAUCGGUUCGUGACUCUCUACAUCUGUAAAGCGUUGAGGAAUCUGGUUCGAGAGGAUGGCGACGGAUUGCAAAAGGAAAAUACAUCGGCGAUGAUCAGUGAGAAGAUUUGCGUGAACUGGUUGGGUAAAGAGUGGUCGUUUGCUGUCGAGUUUCGUCCCGUAGUGGCUGUUGAAACGAAAACAUCAUUACUCGAAGACAAGGCAGUCUUCGAAAUGCUGAUAUCGCGAACCGGUGGUGAUAACUGGAUAAUGUUACCUCAAGAAGCGACCCUCUUCGAGGUGGUAGGCGAUGAUGAAAAAGUACCAAAAAUACCGGCGAAGCUUCUCAAUCCAAAACUAACAUGCCANUCAAAGAGCCGUCCAUUGUCGAUAACGAAUGACGAAAAAGCAUCAAUAAAACAUGAGCUUCGCUUCACGUAUCGAAUCAAACCAACCGAAGGUCUCGAUCCAGAAAUUCCGGAAGAUGUAUACGAUAGAGAGUACGUGUAUAAAGAGAUCACGGCGUUCAAAAUUCAGACGGCAUGUUAUGAACUGUGUGCACAGUUGUUAUCGUCGCAGCCUGGUGCGGUAUUAUGUCGUGUUGAUAAUGCGUGUGAUUUGAUUGUUUCGUUGAGAAGUCUUACAAAUAAAGUUGAAACUGUUAUCAUUGGGGUGGAGGCUGAUAAGCGAUUUUGGGUGAUCAAUGAAAGCCGUAAAUUGUUGUUCGUAAAAGAGAGUGGUCUCGGGCAGAUAUCCUUUUCGGUGAUACCAAAGAUGGUUGGCUUCUUACCGUAUCCAUCGAUCAGCGUAUUCUGCUGUCAUCACUUGAGAACCGCAUCGGACAAGUCAAUAACACAUCUGGAGCAACGUCUGUGCGGUGAUCGUUUGCUGAGUUUCAAUCGUACAAGCGGUAAACAAGUGCAUGUUUUGGGUGCAUUCCAUCCAUCGGCUGAUCAGAAAUCAAUCACCUCAGAAAAGAGUGGAAGCGGACGCUUGAAGGAAGCAAAAAGUCGUUUAACGAAGUUAUUUGAUUAA